AUGUCGUCAAGCUUCUUGGAGCCCGGCCGGAGCUAUCGCACUUGCGCAUCAGCUCUCCAAAAGGCGAAACUCGUUCAAGAGGGUGCUGCCGCUGCUGCUGCCGCCAAUGCCAAACUCAGCUCGAUGACGGACCGUCUGCAUGAGCUAUUCCCUACCGACGUCCGCCGCACUGGCCUUCACCGGCCGAUCGAUUACGGGGUCAAUUUCCCUCAUUUGCUUCCCUGGCAUGGCUGA